AUGGACCGUAAAUCUGAAGCAUAUGAGCUUGUUCGACAAGGAUUACAGAAUGAUCUUAAAAGUCAUGUAUGCUGGCAUGUUUAUGGUCUUCUUUAUCGUUCCGAUAGAGAAUACAGGGAGGCAAUCAAAUGUUAUAGAAAUGCACUGAGGAUCGAUCCAGACAAUAUUGAAAUUUUGCGGGAUCUGUCACUGUUACAGGUGCAAAUGCGAGAUUUGGCAGGGUUUGUCGAGACAAAACAACAGCUCUUGUCUCUAAAAUCAAAUCAUCGUAUGAAUUGGAUCAGCUUUCCUGUUGCUCAUCAUUUAAACUCAAAUGCUUUAAAAGCAGUUGAAAUUCUAGAAGCAUAUGAAGGGACACUAGAAGAUGAUUUUCCUCCUGAUAAUGAACGUUGUGAACAUGGGGAAAUGCUUUUGUAUAAGGUAUUCUAAGUGGUAUCUUCUGUAUAUUGUUUCUUAUGUUAUAUAUUAAUGUAGAUCUUAUAGGUGACUAGUUGUCUAUUAUGUUGAUUUUUAGGCUUGUUUUUUGAUAUGGGUUUUAGUUAUUGUUAGGUUUUGUAGUUGUCUAGAAGUUUUGUGUGUAUUGGAGCUGUUACUCAUCCUGGAAAGGUAUGCUCCUCAUUCUUCUUGAUUGUUUUACACAUUAAUUUUUUGAUUUUUUUAGGACCUAAGAAAAUAUUAGUUCUGUAGGUUUAAGUUAUGCUUUGUCACACUGUUUUCCAGGCAGACAUUCUUGAGGAACGUAUUAUUGAGAUGGAGCAUGCUGUUAGGACUUCUGGUCAAUUCCCUGGAAGGUAAGUUGUGGUAGCACUUAUUUUCAUUAAUGCAAAUCAUGUUGAAACAUUCAUACACUUCAGUGAUGCCUAUUUAUAAGAGUCGUCUUCCGGGUGUGGUUUAGUUGAUUAGCCAAUGGGUAGUGGAGCUUGUGGUUUGCUUCUUCAUGGUGUGAGGUUGUUUACAGUUUAUAGAUUUCUGUAUUGUUUUUCCUUGUUUUGGUUUUGUCGAGUGAAUUAGACUUAUCUUUUUCCUGCUCUCUUUAUAUACUGUAUAUAUGAACAAUCAAUCAUGUUUCUGUUAUACUGAAGCAGAUGAUCUAAGCAACAUGAUUUUAGAUUUGUGGUCACUGAACGUGUCAUAAUAUUAUAAAACUAUGUCCUUGCUUUUAGA